GCCGAGGGCCCCUGACUCUGUUCACCCAGACAACAUGGACCGGAUGGCCAGCUCCAUGAAGCAGGUACCCAACCCGCUGCCCAAAGUGUUGAGCCGGCGCGGGGUUGGUGCUGGGAUGGAGGCUGCGGAGCGCGAGAGCUUCGAGCGGACUCAGACAGUCAGCGUCAAUAAGGCCAUUAAUACGCAGGAAGUGGCCGUGAAGGAAAAACAUGCCCGGACGUGUAUUCUGGGCACCCACCAUGAGAAAGGGGCGCAGACCUUUUGGUCUGUGGUCAACCGACUUCCUCUCUCCAGCAACGCCAUGCUGUGCUGGAAGUUCUGCCAUGUGUUCCACAAACUUCUUCGAGACGGACAUCCGAACGUACUGAAAGACUCUCUGAGAUAUAAAAACGAAUUAAGUGACAUGAGCAGAAUGUGGGGCCACCUGAGCGACGGGUAUGGGCAGCUGUGCAGCGUCUACCUCAAGCUGCUGAGAACGCGGAUGGAGUACCACACCAAAAAUCCCAGGUUCCCGGGCAACCUCCAGAUGAGCGACCGGCAGCUGGAUGAAGCCGGAGAAAGUGACGUUAACAACUUUUUUCAGCUCACAGUGGAGAUGUUUGAUUACCUGGAAUGUGAACUGAACCUCUUCCAGACUGUGUUCAACUCCUUGGACAUGUCCCGCUCGGUGUCCGUGACCACAGCUGGCCAGUGCCGCCUCGCACCGCUCAUCCAGGUCAUCCUGGACUGCAGUCACCUCUAUGACUACACGGUCAAGCUGCUCUUCAAGCUCCACUCCUGUCUUCCAGCUGACACCCUGCAGGGCCACCGAGACCGCUUCAUGGAGCAGUUCACAAAGUUGAAAGAUCUGUUUCAGCGUUCCAGCAACCUGCAGUACUUCAAGCGGCUCAUUCAGAUCCCCCAGUUGCCUGAGAAUCCACCCAACUUCCUACGAGCCUCGGCUCUGUCAGAGCACAUCAGUCCUGUGGUGGUGAUCCCGGCUGAGGUGUCAUCUCCAGACAGUGAGCCUGUCCUAGAGAAGGAUGACCUCAUGGACAUGGACGCCUCCCAGCAGAACUUGUCUCACAGCAAGUUUGAUGACAUCUUCGGCAGCUCGUGGAGCAGCGACCCCUUCAAUUUCAACAAUCAAAAUGGCGUGAACAAGGACGAGAAGGACCACUUGAUUGAACGUCUGUACAGGGAGAUCAGUGGACUGACAGGACAGCUGGACAACAUGAAGACUGAGAGCCAGAGGGCCAUGCUGCAGCUGAAGGGUCGCGUGAGUGAGCUGGAGGCAGAGCUGGCCGAACAGCAGCACUUGGGACGACAGGCUACGGAUGACUGCGAGUUCCUGCGCACAGAGCUGGAUGAAUUGAAGAGGCAGCGAGAGGACACGGAGAAGGCGCAGCGCAGCCUGACUGAGAUAGAAAGAAAGGCCCAGGCCAAUGAGCAGCGGUAUAGCAAGUUAAAGGAGAAGUACAGUGAACUGGUGCAGAACCAUGCUGACCUGCUGCGGAAGAAUGCAGAGGUGACCAAACAGGUGACCGUGGCCCGGCAAGCCCAGGCGGAUUUGGAAAGAGAGAAAAAAGAGCUAGCAGAUUCCUUUGCACGUGUAAGUGAACAGGCCCAGCGGAAGACUCAAGAGCAACAGGAUGUUCUAGAAAACCUGAAGCACGAACUGGCCACCAGCAGACAGGAGCUGCAGGUCCUCCACGGCAGCCUGGAAACCUCUGCCCAGUCAGAAACGAAAUGGCUGGCGCAGAUCGCCGAGUUGGAGAAGGAGCAAGGCAGCUUGGCGACCGCUGCCACUCAGAGAGAAGAAGAGUUAUCAGCCCUCCGAGACCAGCUGGAAAGCACCCAGAUCAAACUGGCUGGUGCCCAGGAAUCCAUGUGCCAGCAGGUAAAGGACCAGAGGAAAAUCCUCUUGGCUGGGACCAGGAAGGCUGCGGAGCGUGAGAUACAGGAGGCCCUGAGCCAGCUGGAGGAGCCCGCCCUCGUGAGCUGCGCAGGAUCCACAGAUCACCUUCUCUCCAAAGUCAACUCUGUUUCCAGCUGCCUCGAGCAACUGGAGAAGAACCGCAGCCAGUAUCUGGCCUGCCCAGAAGAUAUUAGUGAACUUCUGUACUCCAUAACCCUGCUUGCCCACUUGACCAGUGACACCAUCAUUCAGGGGAGUGCCACCAGCCUCCGGGCCCCACCGGAGCCAGCUGACUCUCUGACGGAGGCCUGUAGGCAGUGUGGCAGAGAAACCCUGGCCUAUCUGUCCUCCCUAGAGGAAGAAGGGGCCAUGGAAAAAGCUGACAUCACAGCCAUAAGGAACUGCCUCAGCAAGAUCAAGACCAUUGGCGAGGAACUGCUGCCCAGGGGGUUAGACAUCAAGCAGGAAGAGCUGGGUGACCUGGUGGACAAGGAGAUGGCAGCCACUUCAGCUGCCAUUGAAGCCGCCACCACCCGGAUAGAGGAAAUUCUCAGUAAAUCCCGGGCAGGAGACACGGGAGUCAAGUUGGAGGUGAACGAGAGGAUCCUUGGUUCCUGUACCAGCCUGAUGCAAGCCAUCAAGGUGCUCAUUGUGGCCUCCAAGGACCUCCAGAAGGAGAUAGUGGAAAGCGGCAGGGGUACCGCAUCCCCUAAAGAAUUUUAUGCCAAGAAUUCUCGGUGGACAGAAGGGCUUAUCUCUGCCUCCAAAGCUGUUGGUUGGGGAGCUACCGUCAUGGUGGAUGCUGCCGAUCUUGUGGUCCAAGGCAAAGGGAAGUUCGAGGAGCUGAUGGUGUGCUCACGUGAGAUUGCUGCCAGCACAGCACAGCUCGUGGCUGCAUCCAAGGUGAAAGCUAACAAGGGCAGCGCCAAUCUGACCCAGCUCCAGCAGGCCUCUCGGGGAGUGAACCAGGCUACAGCCGCUGUGGUGGCCUCAACCAUUUCCGGCAAAUCUCAGAUUGAGGAAACAGACAGUAUGGACUUCUCAAGCAUGACACUAACCCAGAUCAAGCGCCAGGAGAUGGAUUCCCAGGUUAGGGUGCUGGAGCUGGAAACUGACCUGCAGAAGGAGCGUCAGAAACUAGGAGAGCUUCGGAAGAAACACUAUGAGCUGGCUGGUGUGGCUGAGGGCUGGGAAGAAGAAGGGACAGAAGCAUCACCUUCUACUGUUCAAGAAGCAGUACCGGACAAAGAGUAGAGCCAAGCCAACGCCACGCACGUCAGAAUGUAAAUCCUUGUUACCCUUCUGUGACACUUCCUACCGUGGCACACCAGGUCCUUAUAGGUCUCUCCAGUGACAAAAGCUAAAGGCCAUCGUGUCUCUUUGUGACUCCACCUAUGUUUGCAUGCAUGAUGAGUUCUCCCCAUGCCCCUGGCAUACAGGCAGACCAGGGUCAGCCAUGAGCAAGCUCAGGUCCACAGAAAAACAGCCACAUGGCCAACCUAUCUUGCCCAGUAUCCUCUUCCUCACCCGUCACGUCCUUAGAGAGGCUUCUUGUCACUGGGAGCUUGGAGAGGGGACAUUUUACAUCUGUUCUUUUUUCCCCCCUCCUCAGUCCUUUGCAUUUUCUCCUUUGCACAUCCACAGAGAAGUUUGGACAUCCAAACUUCUCUGGAUUCCAAACUAGACUGAUAUCUGAGUCCACUACUGGGAAGAACACAGGAGCAGCCGGUUUCCACCUGCGCUUCCGGCAGUUUGACGGGUCCCCUAACUGCUUGUUAAUUAGGCAGUCAUUUGGGUCUUUUGGUUUUCUGUUUUUGAAGUUUCACACAGCCAACUUUCCCAAAAAGGGUUCCAACCCCCAGCCCCACCCUGAGCUCUGAGCCUUCUGAGAAGAAGCCCCCACCACCACCACCACCACCACCACAUACCCCGUUGCGGCUCAGGCUACGCUUUGGUGCUCCAGCUCAGCGAUUCGGUCAGCCAAGGCUACUCCCCAGGGUGACAAUUCUCCUUGGAAGUCUGAAGCUGAGCUAGUGCCUUUACUUUCUGACCUGGAUGCCAGCCCAGGGCCUCUGUCCACCUUCCCAAGCCGGGGAGCACCAGAGUUGAAAAAAAAGAAUAUGGUGCCAGGGGCCCAGCUGUUCCGGGGACAUUCUUCUUAGGCUACUGUCACCAGGUUCACACCCACCCUGUCAUGCGCUGGAACGGAGCUGGUGUGAACAGCAACACUACAUCCCCAGAGUGAACUUCUUGUGCCAUGUCACUUGGGUCACCUCCUGUCAAACCUAGGCAAGGCCCCAAGAGGAGCAAAUAUAAAGGAACUAAAAGUGGCUCCUUCCCCGUCUGCCUGCUUCUGCAUCCUACUGAACCAGAACAAGAUGGUUCUGUGUGGGACUUACCCAACAGGCCCACAGGAUCAGACCCACUUGCUCCUGUCAGGAAGUGAACUCGGCUCGGUGUCAGAUUCUUCGUAUUUAUUACUAACAGUCGUUACGCAGCGCCUGCCCCAGAGAUGCUUGGAGCAAUCAGGACCGAGGGUGAUUGACCGGGCGUGCCCUCUGCCAUCAGUCUUGACAGAUCACAGCGCUAACGCACCAUCCCUGGGCAUUUCCAGGCUUGGACUCCCGAAGCAGGCAGGUUCCUUAAAGCAUCGAGGAACGGGGCAAAGGAGAAAGGGGAGCACUGGCUAUGCCACAGUCCCUAUCACCACCCUCCCACUCUUGCCCCCAUGCAGACAGGAUGAGGACAGAAGGUACCCUGCCUGGACACAAGCAGGCGGACUGCACUUUGCAUCCCCCAAAUGGACCCCUGAAUUAAGUGACCUUGUGAUCCGUAGGGUGGAGCAGGGAGGUGGCUUCUUUAUCUGUAGUAACACAUAGGUGGCAGCCAGCGAGCACUUCUUAGCGCCUGUCCCCAUGGGGCCUGGCUCAGCUUUGCUGGGUAAUGGGUUGCAAAACUAAUGUUUGAUCACUGUGAAUCAUUCUUCUUCCUGCCCUACUCUGUCCUCAGUGAGCACUCCAAAAACUCCCAGAGACCCAGAUGACUGCUAUGACAUGUGACCUCCACACUGGGGUAAAAGAGUUAUCUGCAUUAGAAAUGGGCCCAUUCUGGUGCCAGAAGAAUGUUUCUUGGAUCCAAGGACCAGAACACGUGACAAGUGGCAUUGUUGGCUCAUUUGUGCCCAUGCAGCCAGCCAGUCCAUGUGUUCAAUCAGCUUUUCCAACGGUGGCCAUAGAGUCCUUGCUUCUAGAGUCACACCCAUGUGUCCCAGCGAGAGGAAGUCAAACACACAGCAAUACAUUGGGGUUCUCUGAAUGAAUGAUGAGCCCAUCUGAAAAGCCACUGUCAUUUUAAAACCCCCAGUAACCUCUGCCUGGGUAGUGAAACCGUGACGAGCCCCCAGCACGAGCUAAGUCAGCAGCACAGAAGGGUCCCUACCUGCUUCAUGUCACAUCAGGACUUUGUAAUAGCUCAAGUCAGAAGCUGCCUCUCGCUAGCCAGGCUGGCUAGUGUACGCCUGUAACCUUAGGCAUUCAGAAGACCAAGGCAGGAAGAGCUUGAAUUUACCUACCUUGUCUCAAGAAAAGAAAUUAAAAACAGGUUAUAUAUGUUUGUGUAUAGAGGUUUAUAUAACUUGUUUUUGGAGACAAGGUCUUACUACAUAGUCCUGGCUGGUCUUGAACUAGCUACAUCCACCUUAUUGUCCUUGAGGUCACUGAGGUUCCACUUCCUCUGUUCCCCAAAUGCUGGGAUCAAAGGUGUGAGCCAUCUCACCCAGUCGAGACCAUAAUUUUUUUUUGGCUCUGCUGCCACCUAAACAUGAGACUUUAACCUGGUGGCUGGACAAAGCAAACUGGAAAUUCUUACAGCUCAAAAGGAACCUCAUAGCCUUCCCUCCCCCGACCCCCAACGCCCCCUCAGACUUCUUGGACUAAAGUCUGCCGAGUUGAGUGUAGAUAAAUCCUCAAGUCAGGGAACUGAGAGCCUGGAGAGGUAGCUCAGCAGUUAAGAGUAUUUCUCUCUCUUCCAGAAGACCCAGAUGCAGUUCCCAGCGCCCACAGUAGCUCACAACCACCUGUAACUCCAGCUCUAAGGGAUCCGAUGUCCUCUGCUGCGUGCGCGCAUACACAAGUACCCAUGUACUUUUUAAAGACAGAAUAUUGACAAAGUAAUGGCUUAGAGUGGGGUGAGAGAGAAGCCCAAAUCCAGCUGUGUCUCAUUUUGUGUUUCCUGGUGCCUCGAGAUUAGGCAUAGGGGUGUGCAUAGAAGAUCUCCUUCUGUGGGGUUAGGGCAUAGCUCAAAAGGAAUUUAAAUAAUUAUACAAGGUUUGUUAAUGCACAUCUAUAAUCCUAGCAUUUGGGGAUCAGGCAGGGGGACUGUGAGUUCAGGUCUAGCCUGAGCUAUAUACUAAGACCUUAUCUCAAAAACAAAAUCAGACUAUAAUUUAAGUGGCUUAUUGACUGUACUGCCCACAGCACUAUUCCUAGAAUCCUAUGUGUCUAAGCCCUUAGCCCAGUAGCUGGGAGACUCAAACACAUCCAGGGCAUCCUAUUUCAGGACUGGUGUGUUGAGUCAGACACCAGGGUUUAUACCAGGUAACCCAGGGUCACAAGUACUUGCCAUUCUGGUCACAUUAGGGUGCUAUGGCCUCUCAUCUUAGGAGGUGUUAGUCCUCAUCUUGUGUCUGGGGGAGGUUUUACUUCUUGGUCAGUGACUUGGUUGUAGAAGGGUCUCUGGCACUGUUUGACCCUCAUUUUUAAAGCUGGCAAAUGUGCUACUCUCAGUUGCCUUUCCAUCUCUCUGGAGACCUUGCUGAAAGCAAGUCUGUGAGCCCAACAUGGACCUGCCAAUAAGAACGGCCCUGCCCUCUGCCGUCUUGGGUCAUCUGUAGUAGCCUUCCAACCAGAGCGGGCUGUGCUUUCUCUACCAACUUGGAUCAUCUUCCAAGUUGGCAUCCAAAAGGGAUGAGCUUUGGUCGAUCUUCAUCAUGGUGUUUCCACAUUGGCCUUCCAAACAGUGGCUUUGCCCUCUCUCCGCCAUCUUGGUUCCUCCACGUUGGCCUUCUAAACAGAGUGGCUUUGCACUCUUUCCACCUUAAUGGUCCUCAGAGACCACACUGUCGGUAACAUUGGAAACCACCAUGACAGCAAUUGCCAGCCAUCACCAGUGAUCCAGAAGAGCUGUUUGGCUCCCAAGUCCAGCCCAAACACAGGACCAGCAAACGCAGUAAUGGAGUGCUUCCUCUCCCAGGAGCUAAAGCCAGGAACAGUUGGUUAGGUGUGACUGGAUCCAGUUGUGAGGAUAGAACCUUCCAGAUGUGUAUUUCAGGUGACCCUCAACUACCUCAGGUUUGAAGACCCUAAGUUAAACUUGAUUACCACUCUAGGGACAAACCGAGGAAUCUGGUUAAAUCUUGGUGAUAACCUAAAUGUCUCAAGCUUAUAACAAACUCUCAAACUGUGCAGGGAUGGGGUUGAUUUUUGUUUGUUUAUGCCCGCUCCCUUCUGUUUUUAACCCUUUCUACCGUUUUCCAUUAAGAGUAGUCCCUAUAAGUGAAUUUCACUUUUCACAGAGUGCCUACCUUCCCAGGGCAGGUAGCCACCGGCUCUUGUUUCCUUCCCCCACAGGACUUUUAUUAUGGAAUGAAGACCUUUCUUUGUAUAAUGCAUUGCAUCUGUGGUUUCAAUUUUUUUCCAAUAAAUAUGUCAGCCUGGCUGUGGCGAACGCUGGUGAUAAA